ACCAUAACUAUCGCGUGACGAGUUCUUUGUUCAUACUUUAAUUUCCUCAACUUUAAUUUACUUGUUAUUAAAUUAUUGAAUAAAAAUAAAGAAGCACGUGCGAUUGCUUAUUCAGAGUAGUGCAUAUAUAAACAUACAUUUGUCUAACAAUCUAUAUAUUUAUCUUUAUAUCCAUCUUAAUAUUCUCUCUAAUGGAACCCUCCAAUUUCUUCAUCUGCUGCAUUCUCCUUGCUUUAGGAGUGGUAGGGGCGCAAGAAUCGCACGAGAGAUAUAAUCAUCUGUUUGUAUUUGGAGAUUCGUAUGCUGAUACUGGAAAUCUGAAUAAAGGUUUGGCAAACUCGUGGAGGAUACCGUACGGGAUGACUUUCCCGGGAAAACCCUCCGGCCGCUUCUCCGAUGGUCGUGUCCUCACUGAUUUCAUUGCCAAGUUCUUGGGACUCAAGUCUCCAAUAGCGCACGCGCAGAUGAAAUCGGGAGCAAAUAAGUUGAGGUACGGUUUGAACUUUGCGUACGGAGGGAGCGGAGUUUUCGACACUGUGGCGAAUGUGCUGCCAAACAUGACCACUCAAAUCGACUUCUUUCAGAAACUAAUAAACGACUCCAUUUACACCGCUUUGGAUUUGCAUUCGUCCGUCGUUCUUGUUUCUCUCGCUGGCAAUGAUUACGCUUCUUUUCUAGCCAAUGGUGGCACUAACCAGGGUCUGCAAAGUUUCAUACCUAGUGUGGUCAAUCAACUAUCGAUAAACCUAAAACGGAUUCAAAAAAUGGGAGCAACGAAAGUUAUAGUGACAGCUUUACAACCGUUGGGAUGCCUCCCUCGAAUCACACAGUCGUCUUCCUUCAAGGAAUGCAAUGCCACUCAGAACUUAGCUGUCAACUAUCACAACCUUCUCUUGCAGCAAACGGUCGCCAAAUUGAACAACGAAACGAAUAGCUCCACUUUUUUCAUUCUUGAUCUCUACAACUCUUUCACUACUGUGAUCGAACAAAAAGGCGAUCCUAAAGGAAAGUUGAAGUUCGAGACGCCAUUGAAGCCAUGUUGCAUGGGCAUAAGUAGAGAAUACUCAUGCGGUAGUGCGGACGAAAAAGGUGCAAAGUUGUACACACUUUGUAGCGACCCGAAAUCGGCAUUCUUUUGGGACUCGUCGCAUCCAACUCAGGCUGGAUGGAAAGCGGUCUACACGAUUUUGAAAUCGAGUCUUGCGCAAUUAUUUUAAUUUUGGUAAAAUAUGUUUUUUGUGUAUUAUAUUGUACUGAAUUGACUAAUGAUUCUGCUGAUCAAAUAAUAUUCAUCAUGUUCCAAAUUUUCAUACUUUAAUGUAAUUUUGGGUUCAAUUUAUCUUGGGUUUUUUGUUUA